AUGGUUGCACGGGAUUGUAAGGGCGAUGUCCUGGCAGCCAAAUGUGUGAGGAAAAACAUUUCAGUUGACCCAAAGACAGCAGAAGCUAUGGCUGCUCUUUGGGCUAUUCUAUUUUGCAAAGAGUUUGGUUUUCUUGAUGUAAUCUUUGAGGGAGAUGCUUCUCAGGUGGUUAACAAAAUUCACUCAAAACCUCCAUUUUUAUCUGCUACUGGCCAUCUGAUUGAAAGUAUAGUUCAAGAAAUUCAGGGAUUAAGGUCUGCUACCUUCGUUCAUGUCCAUAGAGAAUGCAAUGGGGCAGCUCAUUUAUUGGCGAAGGAGGCUGUUGUUCAUGAAGAGGAAACGUGCUGGAUUGAGGACACUUCGUAUUUUUUGGAUACUGUUAUUCUUAGGGAACGUGUUUACUCCCUAGAUUCCAAUUCUUUGGGAUCAUGUUGUUUUGACUCUUAA